GUCUCACUCGGCUGAUCGAUAAAGCCAGCAUUCAAAGUGUAGACUCGUUCCUUCGUCCAAACGGCCGGUUUUACGCGGAUUAGAACACGGACGAAACAUGUUGGAGACGUAGAUUACCGACUUCUGGAUGCCCCUUUUGAGCAGCGAUGGUUGAGCCCUGGUCCAGGUUGCUGUGGUCCUCUCCAAAAACCCAUUCACCACUUCUUCUCCUGCUCUCCCAUCAGCUGACAUAACGCGGCGUGCUGUGCGUUUUUCCCUCCCAGAAAGACGGACACUUGUCUCAUAUGUUAUAGUUUGGAUCAUGAAGGAGCUUUAUAGAGAAGGAUACUACGACGGAUCUAUCGAACUACGGGACGUUUUCAACAGGAGAUGCGUUAAAUGUGGACGAGGGGACUUUGCACAAGGCAGAGCGAUGAGGAUUAGGGCGAGCGUGGUUUUUUGGAACGUCGUCUUUUCACUAAUGUUCACUUGUGUCAGAGGUUUUAUCCAUACAUGUGGAGGCACUUUAAAAGGAAAGAAUGGGACUAUAGAGAGCCCAGGUUUUCCCUAUGGAUAUCCAAAUGGAGCGAACUGUACCUGGGUCAUUUUGGCCGAAGAGGGGAACAGAAUACAUAUAGUUUUUCAAUCUUUUGCAGUGGAAGAGGAAUAUGACUUUUUAUCUUUGUAUGACGGGCAUCCGCACCCGGCCAACUUCAGAACGAGGUUAACAGGAUUCACUAUUCCUGCGCCUGUGACCAGCUCCGGCUCUAUAUUUUCACUCAGACUCACCAGUGACUUUGCAGUGAGCGCUCAUGGGUUUAAAGCUACUUUUGAAGAACUCAGAAGCAGUGCAUGUGGUAAUCCAGGGGUUCCCCCAAAAGGCAUUUUAAAUGGGACCCAGUUUAAUGUGGGAGAUAAGAUCCGGUACAGGUGUGUAAGCGGCUACGUGCUGGACGGCCACUCCCUCCUCACCUGUGUGAGGAACACAGGAGGCGUGUCCGUGUGGGACUUUCCUGUGCCGCUCUGCAGAGCGGAGGACACAUGUGGGGGCACCCUGAGGGACUCCAGCGGGCUCAUCUCCAGCUUCGAUGUGCCCUCCAGUUUGGGCAGCAGCGGGGAGUGCAAGUGGACCAUCCUAGCCGACCCAGGGGACACCAUCUCCCUGGUGUUUACAGAGUUUCAGAUGGAAGAGAAGUCCGACUAUCUGGAAGUGGAGGGAUCAGAGCCGCCCAGUAUCUGGCUAACAGGAAUGAAUAUUCCAGCACCGAUCAUUAGCAACAAAAACUGGCUGCGGCUGCAUUUUGUGACAGAGAGCAACCACCGACACAAAGGCUUCAGGGCCCAGUACCAAGUGAAAAGUUCUGGAGAGCUUAAAUCCAGAGGAGUAAAAGUACUACCGGGAAAGGACAACACUAACAAACUGUCUUUGAUGAAUGAGGGUGGUAUAAAACAAGUGUCAAAUUACUGCCCUGAUCCCGGGGAGCCAGAGAAUGGUAAAAGGAUUGGCUCUGACUUCAGUAUCGGGGCGACAGCCCAGUUUACUUGUGAUGAGGACCACGUGCUGCAGGGCUCCAAAACUAUUAUAUGUCAGAGAGUGGCUGAGGUGUUUGCUGCUUGGAGCGACCAUAGGCCUGUGUGCAAAGUAAAAACAUGUGGCUCAAAUCUACAAGGACCAUCAGGGACCUUCACAUCACCCAACUUUCCGAUCCAGUAUGAGAGUAACUCUCAGUGUGUUUGGAUCAUCACUGCCAGUGACCCAAACAAGGUUAUUCAGAUCAAUUUUGAGGAGUUUGAUUUGGAGAUUGGAUACGAUUCACUGACGAUUGGUGAUGGAGGGGAAGUUGGCGACUCCAAAACAAUAAUUCAAGUACUGACAGGAAGUUUUGUCCCAGACCUGAUCGUGAGCAUGUCCCAUCAGAUGUGGCUCCACCUGCAGUCUGACGAGAGCGUGGGCUCCAUUGGCUUCAAGAUCAACUACAAAGAAAUUGACAAAGAAAGUUGUGGUGACCCAGGAACACCUCUCUACGGCUACCAGGAAGGCAGUGGCUUUUUAAAUGGAGAUGUUUUGCGUUUUGAAUGUCAGUUUGGAUUUGAGCUCAUUGGAGAGAGGACCAUAACAUGCCAGAACAACAAUCAGUGGUCGGCUAAUAUUCCAAUUUGCAUAUUCCCUUGUUUCUCCAACUUCACGGCUCCCAUGGGAACAGUGCUGUCGCCGGAUUACCCAGAAGGCUAUGGGAAUAACCUGAACUGUGUGUGGCUGAUCAUCUCCGAGCCGGGGUCUAGAAUACACCUGGCCUUCAACGAUUUUGACUUGGAGCCUCCCUAUGACUUCCUCACCAUCAAAGAUGGAGACCAGAGCGGAGCCACUAUCCUGGGACGCUUCUCUGGGGCCGAAGUGCCAUCCCACCUCACCUCCAACAGUAAUGUACUGCAGCUGGAGUUUCAGGCAGACCACUCCAUGUCAGGGAGAGGAUUCAAUAUCACCUACAGUACGUUUGGUCGUAACGAGUGCCCUGACCCCGGAGUGCCUCUGAACGCUCGCCGCUUUGGGGACAGUUUCCAGCUGGGCAGCUCCAUCUCAGUGGUCUGUGAUGAGGGCUUUAUCAAGACACAGGGAGCCGACACCAUCACCUGCCAUCUGGAGGACGGCAAAGUCAUGUGGAGCGGGCUCAUACCCAAAUGUGAAGCUCCAUGCGGGGGCCACUACUCAGGGCCAUCUGGAGUGAUCCUGUCCCCUGGGUGGCCGGGAUACUACAAAGACUCCCUGAGCUGUGAGUGGGUCAUUGAGGCUGAGCUGGGACGCUCCAUCAAGAUCAGCUUUGACAGGUUUCAGACAGAGCUGAGCUAUGAUUUUUUGGAGGUGCACGAUGGUCCAAACCUCCUCUCUCCUUUGAUCGGCUCCUUCAAUGGAACCCAAGUCCCUCAGUUCCUGUUCAGCAGCAGCAACUAUCUGUAUCUGCUGUUCACCACUGACAACAGCCGCUCCAACAGUGGCUUUAAGAUCUUCUAUGAAGUUGUCACGUUAGAUACUUAUUCCUGCAUGGAUCCUGGCAUCCCGGUGAAUGGUGCCCGGCUAAGCAAUGACUUGUCCAUUGGAGCUACAGUGUCCUUCCAGUGUGAUCCAGGAUAUAGACUGAGCCACGAGGAACCACUGGUGUGUGAGAAGAACCACUUCUGGAGCCACCCACUGCCAACAUGUGAUGCAUCAUGUGGGGGCGAUAUCAGAGGACCUCGGGGCAUCAUUCUGUCACCAGGCUUUCCAGAAUUGUAUCCAAACUCCCUGAACUGCACAUGGACUGUAGAAGUCAGCCAUGGAAAAGGUGUCCAGUUCACUUUCCAUUCAUUCCACCUGGAGGAUCACCACGACUACCUUCUAAUCACAGAAAAUGGCAGCUUUGCUCAGCCACUGGCCCGACUUACUGGCUCCGACAGACCUGCCACAGUUAAUGCCGGCCUGUAUGGGAACUUCAAGGCCCAGCUACGCUUCAUCUCGGACUUUUCAAUCUCUCUGCAGGGAUUCAACAUCUCUUUUUCAGAGUAUGAUCUUGAACCUUGUAAAGAUCCGGGGACUCCGCAGUUUGGCUGGCACACAGGCUCCAAGUUUGGAAUAGGGGACUCGCUGGCAUUUUACUGUAAUACUGGUUAUCGCCUUCAGGGGGCAAGGAGCAUCGUGUGCUUGGGGGGUGGGCGCCGCAUGUGGAGUGCCCCUCUGCCAAGAUGUGUGGCGGAGUGUGGAUCAACUGUGUCUAACAAUGAGGGAGUCCUUUUGUCUCCUAACUACCCAAUGAACUACGAGAACAAUCAUGAGUGUGUCUACAGCAUCCAGGUCCAAACAGGAAAAGGCAUCAACAUUACAGCCAGCUCCUUCCACCUGGCUCCCGGGGAUGGCUUAAAGCUGUACGACGGCAAAGAUGGCUCUGCACCUCUCCUCGGGACGUACACAGGGACAUUGAUGCAGGGACUUUCUCUUGCCAGCACUUCCAACAAUCUGUGGCUUGAAUUCAACUCUGACCAGGAGGAGACUGCCGUGGGGUUCCGGCUCAUAUACUAUAGUUUUGAGCUGUCUCACUGUGAUGACCCUGGUGUGCCACAGUUUGGCUUCAAAGUCAGUGAUCAGGGCCACUUUGCUGGCAGCGCCAUCACAUUCGGCUGUGACCAGGGCUACACUCUGCAUGGCAGUGGAAUACUAAAGUGCAUGACAGGGGAGAGGAGGGCUUGGGACAACAGCCUGCCAUCAUGCAUAGCUGAGUGUGGGGGGAGCUUCAAGGGUGAGUCCACAGGAAGGAUCCUCUCUCCUGGGUAUCCAUUUCCCUAUGACAAUAACCUCAGGUGCACCUGGACUAUAGAGGUCACAUCAGGCAACAUUGUCAGCCUACAAUUUCUUGCCUUUGACACGGAGGCGUCCCAUGACAUUCUGAAGGUGUGGGAUGGCCCACCAGAGAAUGAGAUGCUUCUGAAGGAGGUGAGCGGCUCACUGCUGCCAGAGGGCAUUCACUCCACCCUCAAUGUGGUCACCAUACAGUUUGAGACGGACUUCUACAUCACCAAGUCUGGUUUUGCCAUAGACUUUUCCAGCUCUCUUGCCACAGCGUGCAGAGAUCCUGGUAUUCCCAUGAAUGGCACUCGAAACGGAGAGGGGCGGGAACCCGGCGACUCGGUGACCUUCUCUUGUGAUCCAGGAUAUGAAUUGCAGGGAGAAAGCAGAAUCACCUGCAUUCAAGUGGAAAAUAGAUACUACUGGCAGCCCAGCCCUCCCAGCUGCAUUGCUCCUUGUGGUGGGAAUGUGACGGGAUCUUCAGGAUUCAUUCUCUCUCCAAACUAUCCCCAUCCUUAUCCUCACAGUAAGGACUGUGAUUGGCUGAUUGCUGUCCAUUCAGACUAUGUCAUCUCCUUGGCUUUCAUAAGUUUCAGCAUUGAGCCAAACUACGACUUCUUAUAUAUCUACGAUGGCCCAGACAGCACCACUCACCUGAUUGGCAGCUUUCAAGAUAGCAAACUUCCUGAGAAAAUAGAGAGUACAUCUAACUUCAUGUACUUGGCCUUUCGUAGUGAUGGGUCUGUGAGCUACACUGGCUUUCACUUAGAAUACAAAGCCAAACUGCGGGAGGCCUGUUUUGAUCCAGGGAAUGUGAUGAACGGGACCCGAAUGGGCACUGACUACAAGCUAGGAUCCAUGGUGACAUUUCACUGUGAGGCAGGCUACCAGCUGCAGGGCUACUCCACUCUGACAUGUGUGAUGGGCAACAGCAAGAGACCCGAGUGGGACAGAGCAAAGCCCAGCUGUCAAGCCCCGUGUGGAGGACAUUUCACUGGGUCAGAAGGAACAGUGUUGUCCCCGAAUUAUCCUCACAAUUACACCAGGGGGCAGUCCUGCAUCUAUGACAUUUUUGUCCCUGGAGAUUUCGUGCUGUUUGGACAGUUUGUAUUUUUCCAGACCUUGACAACUGAUGUUGUGGAGAUCUACGAUGGCUCCUCCACAGGCUCUGCCCUUCUGUCCUCUAUCUAUGGAUCUCACUCAGGCGAGACGUUGCCUCUAAGUUCAGGAAAUAAAAUAACACUAAAAUUUUCUGCAAAUGGAAGUGAAACUGCAAAGGGAUUUCAUUUUGUCUAUCAAGCCGUCCCCAGGACCAGUUCCACACAAUGCAGCUCGGUGCCUGAACCGCGGUUUGGGAAGCGGAUCGGCAACGACUUUGGCACUGGCAUGGCGGUGCUCUUUGAGUGUAAUCCAGGCUACACGCUGCAUGGAGCCACUGCCAUCAGGUGUGAGGCCGUGCCCAACGCUCUGGCCCAGUGGAAUGGCACAGUGCCCACAUGUGUCGUUCCAUGUGGUGGUGUUCUGACUGGUCGCAGAGGUACCAUCCUCUCUCCAGGAUAUCCAGAGCCCUACGCAAACUAUCUCAACUGUGCCUGGAAAAUCACAGUCCCGGAAGGAGCUGGUAUUCAAAUUCAAGUUGUGACCUUUGCUACUGAGCACAACUGGGACUCUUUGGACUUUUUCGAUGGGGUCGAUGGCAAUGCUCCAAGGCUCGGCAGCUACUCAGGUACAACCAUUCCCCAACUACUGAACAGCACCUCCAACAACCUGUACCUGACCUUCCAAUCGGACAUCAGCGUGUCUGCCGCGGGCUUCCACCUGGAGUACACAGCAAUAGGUUUAGAUUCAUGCCCAGAGCCGCUACCUCCCAGUAACGGACAGAGGAUUGGGGAUCGCUACACUGUGGGUGACAUGGUGUCCUUCCAGUGCAGUCAAGGCUACAGCAUACAGGGGAAUGCGUACAUCACUUGUAUGCCUGGCCCAGUGAGAAGGUGGAACUACCCGGUACCUCUCUGUUUAGCUCAAUGUGGGGGCUCCAUGACAGACUUCAGUGGUAUUCUCAGCCCUGGCUUUCCUGGGAAUUACCAGAGCAGCCUGGACUGUAGCUGGAGAGAGCUCCCUAUUGGCUUUGGGAUCCAUCUGCAGUUCCUGAACUUCUCCACAGAGCCGGUCCAUGAUUACCUGGAGGUGCGCAGCGGGAGCCUAGAGACGGGGACAGUGAUGGAUCGCUUCAGUGGCUCCGUCGUACCCAACUCUCUGUUUAGCACCACCCACGAAACCACUCUGUUCUUCCACAGUGACUAUUCGCAGAACAAGCCUGGCUUCCACAUCCUAUACCAGGCAUACGAGCUGCAGAGAUGCCCUGACCCUCGUCCCUUUCGUAAUGGUCUGGUGAUUGCAGAGUACAGUGGUGGAAUGACCAUUUCCUUUGAGUGCCUGCCUGGAUACACUUUGAUUGGAGAGCCUUCUCUCACAUGUCUGCAUGGGGUCAGCCGCAACUGGAACCACCCCAUACCUCGCUGUGAAGCUCUAUGUGGUGGAAAUAUAACAUCCAUGAAUGGGACAAUUUACUCCCCUGGACACCCUGCUGAGUACCCCCACUUCCAGGACUGCAUGUGGAUGGUCCGGGUGCCUCCUGGGUAUGGCAUCUACAUCAACUUCUCUGUUAUCAACACAGAGCCCAUCUACGACUAUAUCAUGGUGUGGGACGGACCUGACCAAGCCUCACCCCAGAUAGGUCAGUUCAGUGGGAGCUCGGUGCAAGAGGGCGUGUCGACCACAGCCAAUCAGAUCCUCAUUAAGUUCCACAGUGACUUCAGCACCAGUGGCUUCUUUGUGCUUCAUUACCAUGCUUACCAGCUCAGAACUUGUCAGCCGCCCCCACCAGUUGCCAAUGCUACCAUACUAACGGAAGACGAUGAGUUCGAAAUAGGGGACAUUAUCCGCUACACGUGCCAGCCUGGCUUCACCUUGGUGGGCAGUGAGAUUUUGACCUGUCGGCUCGGAGAACGGCUGCAGAUGGAUGGACCCCCGCCAGUCUGUCAAGUUCAGUGCCCCGCCCAUGAGGUUCGUUUUGAUUCGACGGGGGUCAUUCUGAGUCCAGGCUACCCAGAGAACUACCCCAACCUGCAGAUGUGCUCCUGGCUCAUUAAUGUGGAGAAGGGCUACAACAUCACACUGCACUUUGAGCUCUUUCAGACAGAGAAAGAGUUUGACAUCUUAGAAAUAUUUGAUGGUCCAAACAUCUACAGCCAAAGCCUGGCCUCUCUUAGCGGUGACAUUGAGACCCCCUUCAGUCUGACCACUACAGGGCACCAGCUGCUCCUGCGCUGGUCGUCUGACCACGGCACCAACCGCCAUGGCUUCCACAUCAGAUACGUGGCCAUGUACUGCAGCACCCCAGACUCGCCCCAACAUGGCUUCGUGGUGAGUCAGACUGGCGGUCACCUCAACAGCAUGGUGCGCUGGGCGUGUGACAGGGGUUACAAGCUGAUUGGAAAGGGCACAGCUAUGUGUAAGAAGACCGCCUUUGGCUACUACACCUGGGACGCCCCGGUACCCGCAUGUCAAGCGGUGUCAUGUGGCGUGCCCAGUGCUCCAGUGAAUGGAGGUGUGUUGGCUGCUGAUUACUCGGUGGGCACUCGGGUGACCUACUUUUGCAACAGCGGUUACCGGCUCUCCUCCAAAGAGCUGACCACCACCGUGUGCCAGCCAGACGGCACCUGGAGCAACCACAACAAGAUCCCCCGCUGCAUCGUGGUGUCAUGCCCCAGUCUCAGCUCCUUCACACUGGACCAUGGGAAAUGGAGGAUUGUCAAUGGCUCACACUAUGAGUACGGCACCAAAAUCAUCUUCACCUGUAAUCCUGGUUAUUACCGAGUUGGCCCUGCCACUAUCCAGUGUCUGUCCAAUGGAGUGUGGAGCUGGAGGAAUGAAAGACCCAGAUGUAAAAUCAUUUCCUGUGGCGACCUGCCCACCCCUCCAAACGGCAAGAAAAUCGGCACCCAAACUACCUUCGGAGCAUCUGCCAUAUUCAGCUGUAACCUUGGCUACGUGCUGACGGGCUCUCCAGUCAGAGAGUGUCUGCUAUCAGGGCUCUGGAGUGGGAUGGAGACGCACUGUCUGGCGGGUCACUGUGGCACUCCAGAGCCGAUAGUAAAUGGCCAGGUAGUUGGAGAGAACUUUGGUUACAGAGACACUGUGGUUUACCAGUGUAACCCAGGCUUCAGGCUCAUCGGCUCCUCUGUGCGGAUCUGCCAACAGGACCACACUUGGUCUGGGCUGCUCCCAGUCUGUAUCUCUGUCACAUGUGGCCAUCCUGGCAGCCCCAUAUAUGGACGCACUACUGGUGAUGGCUUCAACUACAACGACGUGGUGCGUUUCUCCUGUAACAAAGGCUACACCCUGGAAGGCCCCUCCACUGCCCAAUGCCAGGCUAACCGCCAAUGGAGCCACCAACCCCCAACAUGCAGAGUGGUGAACUGCACAGACCCUGGGAUCCCGGCCAACUCGAUCAGAGAGAGUAAGAUUGAACAUGGCAACUUCACUUUUGGCAGUGUGGUCUUCUACGACUGUAACCCCGGAUAUUACCUGUUUGGCUCGUCAGUGCUGACCUGCCAACCAGUGGGGCUGUGGGACAAGCCUCUGCCAGAGUGCUUUGAGGUGGACUGUGGGCACCCUGGCAGCCCUCCCAUUGCAGUGAUGACUGGGGAGAAGUUCACCUUUGGCUCCACAGUGAGAUACUCGUGCUCUGGAGACCGUCAGCUCAUUGGAGACACAUCACUCACCUGUCAGCUCAACGGACACUGGAGCGGGCCCCUGCCUCACUGCUCAGGUGACACAGCGGGCACCUGUGGAGACCCAGGGACACCUGCCCAUGCCAGCAGGGAGGCAGGCAACUUUAAAGUGCGCAGCAAGGUCCGCUUCACCUGCUCAGUGGGACACACUCUGUACGGCUCUGCAGAGAGGAUCUGCUUCCCCAACGGCACCUGGUCUGGGAGACAGCCCUUCUGCAAGCCGGUGCAGUGUGGAAACCCUGGUACUCCGGCUCAUGGACGCAUUUCUCGCGUGGACGGCACCACUUUCUCCCACUCCAUCGUGUACUCCUGUAUGGAAGGCUAUUUCCUCAGUGGCUCACCCACACGCCAGUGCCUGGCCAACGGCACUUGGUCUGGCACAGCUCCAAACUGCACUUUAAUUACUUGUGGAGACCCUGGAAUACCUGCCAAUGGACUUCAUUUUGGGGAUGACUUCACUGUGGGUCAGAAUGUGACGUUCAUGUGCCAGCCUGGGUUUGUCAUGGUCACUGUGGACACCGGUCUCACAAGAACCUGCACUAACAAUGGCACCUGGAGUGGAACAAUACCAGUAUGCCAAGUGGUGAUGUGUCCCACACCUCCACCCAUUCCAAACGGGCUCCUGGAGGGGACUGUCCUGGAGUGGGGCAGCAGUGUGAGCUACAGCUGUCUGUCUGGAUAUGAGCUCUCAUUCCCUGCUAUCCUCACAUGCACCGGCAAUGGGACAUGGACCGGAGAACUACCUCAGUGCCUGCCAAAAUUCUGUGGGGACCCGGGAGUGCCUGCCAAAGGACGGAGAGAGGGGCAAAGUUUCAUCUUCAAAUCCGAAGUGACGUUCAGCUGCGGCGCCCCCUAUGUGCUGGUGGGGUCCUCAACAAGAAUGUGCCAGGAUGAUGGAACAUGGAGUGGAUCUCAACCCCGCUGUAUAGAGCCCACUAGAAGCACCUGUGAAAACCCGGGGACACCUGAGCAUGGCUUCAUGAAUUACACAACAGGCUUUAAGGUGGGCAGCAGAGUGGACUUUCAGUGCCAACAAGGACACCUACUGCAGGGCUCCACCACACGCCUCUGUUUGGCCGAUCUCACCUGGAGCGGCACUCAGCCUACCUGCAGCCCUCACUCGUGCAAACAGCCCCGCAGUCCAGCUAACGCUGAUGUGGUGGGUCUGGACCUGCCCUCUUACGGCUACACUCUGGUGUACACCUGUCAGCGCGGCUACUUCCUCUCAGGGGGAUCGGAGCACCGUGUGUGCCGCUCUGAUGGCAGCUGGACGGGCAAGGUGCCUGUCUGCAGAGCUGGCUCCAAAUCAUAUGAGAAAACUGUCAAACCCAUACCAGGAACACCAAGCCCCAAAAUAAACGUCCCUGAUGAUGUCUUUGCCCCUGAUUUCGUGUGGAAGGGCUCCUAUGAUUACAAGAGUCAGAAACAGCCCCUGACUUUGACAGUCACCAGCUUUAAUGCCUCAACAGGAAAAGUCAAUGUAACUUUAAGUGACAAUAGUGUGGAGUUUCUGCUCUCUGGAGUGUACAAGCGCCAGGAGGCACGGUUAGCGCUGCUGCUCUACCAGAUGAGAGCUCUGGCCCACAGCUCCUUGGGACGGAUUACUGAAGAGACCUGGGCUAUGGAUGGAUUUGUCUCAGCUGAGCCAGAGGGAGGCAGUUAUGUUUUCCAAGGCUCUAUACAGGGUAAAGACUACGGACAGUUCGGCCUGCAGCGGCUCGGUUUGAGUGUGAGGGAAAAUGUGACACUCCCAGACCCUGAGUCCUCUGGCUCCAGUAACAGCAGCUCUGUGGCUGUGGCCAUCCUCGUGCCUUUCUUCGCUCUCAUCUUUGCAGGCCUUGGCUUUUAUCUCUACAAACAGAGGAAAACUGACAAAGCGCAGUACACCGGCUGCUCAGUGCAUGAGAACAACAACGGACAGGCCACCUUUGAAAACCCCAUGUACAACACCAACACUAAGUCAACAGAGGGCAAAGUGGUCCGCUUCGACCCCAACCUCAACACCAUUUGCACUAUGGUGUGAUGGACUCUACACAACUGUACAUGCAAAUACUGUAUGUACAUGUCUGAGAAGGCAGAAUUGCUCAGAAAUACAAAGCACAUUUUCAGAUUAAGGCAGUUACAAGGGUUCUUAUCCAGAUUAGAGUGAAAUCUCCGCACAUCUCAGUGGAGAAAGUGCUUUACACUCUGUGAGUGUUGGUGUGGGAGACAAAGCCUCUGGCAUAUAGAUAAAAUAGAGUAUUUUAUACUCUCUAGUACAAAUAUAGUGAGGCUUCUUGACAAAGCCAAAUGGAUAAAUACAAUGGAAAAACAUCCCAAGACUUGGCCCCAUGUCUUACAUUCAUAAUAAUGAGUUAUUUUCUCUAAUGGAGUGCAGAGUAGUUUUUGUGUGUUGACCAAUAUAAUGUUCAGGGUCUAUUUUUUAGCAGCAGAUCUGUGAGCAGAAGAGGACAGUGCCAGUGAUGAAGGCCAUUUAAAUGUAUGGGCGUUUAUACCUCCUAAUUGGGCGUUACCUCCUGGUGUUGGAAAGUACAGCUGGGGAUUUCAUUUGUGAAGUGCAGGACAGUUUUUGGUUGCUGCUGCAAAUGAGGGUUUUAUUGUACCAGUGCAGAUUGUUGACCACAGAACAGUGCAUUUUCUGCCAAUGAGCUAUGCUCACCAUUAGCGUUUAUUAUCAAGCUGUGUGCAAUGAUCUUUUUUAUUUGACAGAAAUGGUCCUGUUUAAAUAUGUGAGUUUAAAUUGCUGACUGGCCUGUGGACUAUAUAGGCCCUGCACACUGUACUGUACAUUUUAGGAUAAUGCUUCUGUGUAACGUCUUUCAUUACUUCUUUGUUCACUUUUAAAAUGGUUGCAUAAUCUCACACUAAACCAAAUGAUCUCCAUCUUUAGCCAAUGCCCCAUCUCCCACAGUAAGAGACCAAACAUCAGCAUGUGACUUUCCUUGAAGUGUUUUUUUCUGAUAUUUUCGAAUUAAAACACAGUGGUUGGAGGUUAUAUUGUUAUUUAAUCCUCCCUUUUGACCCAUUCAAAGACUAUCCACCAUCUGCAGUUUACCACAAACUCAUAUUCCAUUCUUUUGUGUAUUCUUUUGGGAAACCUUGUUUGAAUCGAUAAAACCUUGCUCUCCACUCCUACUCUGAGAUACACAGAUAACUACUGGCAAAUUUUAUUCAAGUGCCAUCUUUAUUUUGAUAUUUACUCAUCAGCUUCUUCCAACAAAUGUACAGUAAACAUGAAAAGUUUGCACACACAUUUUGCAGAGUUAUUAUACUAUCAUUGAUGGACCAGAUUCAGCAGCACUCUCAUUCUCUACAUUGCAGUGCCUUGAAUACUGUAUGGGCAUAUGUUUUUACUGCAUUCGUCAGCCACCACUUCAUUGUAAUUGAUCCACAUAGUCUGAUCAGAAAGAUGUAACAUCUGCGGGUGCUGAUUACAUUCAUAUCUGCGCAUGUUAGCAAAAAGUGAAUAUAGCACUGCUGCUAUUGUUCCAUGUCAUUGGUUCUGGUCAUUGCGGCAACAUUUUGUACAUUUAUACAGUUUUGAUACUUAAUGGAAUUCCUUUGGAAGAUGUCUUGUGUUAAAUAUAUGUAAUAUAUUUUGCAAGUUCAUAUUUGUUACAAAGAGAAAAGCGCAAUUGACAUCUUUUGUUGUUCCACCCCAGCUCCAGAGUAGACUAGAAAGCUUCUAAAUGUAACACACUUUUAUUUGCCCAUUGAAAACAUGUAAAUCAAUGUACAUAGGAAAAAUGUUUUGUAAAGAGAUAUAUUUUUUAUGAAAAUUAAAGACUUUGUAAGUUA